AUGGACAACCAUCGGGGCCAAGGAGACCACCGCCGCACUCCGACCCACGCUGGAGGUGGAGACCACUCAUUUUCUGUUCGUCACCUUGAAGAUCGGGUUUAUCUUCCCUUCCCUCCGCAGGGUUUCUAUCCCCCGCAGGUGGUCCUCCCUCCGCAGGGUUUCUAUCCCCCGCAGGUGGUCCUCCCUCCGCAGGGUUUCUAUCCCCCACAGGUGGUCCUCCCUCCGCAGGGUUUCUAUCCCCCGCAGGUGGUCCUCCCUCCGCAGGGUUUCUAUCCCCCACAGGUGGUCCUCCCUCCGCAGGGUUUCUAUCCCCCGCAGGUGGUCCUCCCUCCGCAGGGUUUCUAUCCCCCACAGGUGGUCCUCCCUCCGCAGGGUUUCUAUCCCCCGCAGGUGGUCCUCCCUCCGCAGGGUUUCUAUCCCCCACAGGUGGUCCUCCCUCCGCAGGGUUUCUAUCCCCCGCAGGUGGUCCUCCCUCCGCAGGGUUUCUAUCCCCCACAGGUGGUCCUCCCUCCGCAGGGUUUCUAUCCCCCGCAGGUGGUCCUCCCUCCGCAGGGUUUCUAUCCCCCGCAGGUGGUCCUCCCUCCGCAGGGUUUCUAUCCCCCACAGGUGGUCCUCCCUCCGCAGGGUUUCUAUCCCCCGCAGGUGGUCCUCCCUCCGCAGGGUUUCUAUCCCCCACAGGUGGUCCUCCCUCCGCAGGGUUUCUAUCCCCCGCAGGUGGUCCUCCCUCCGCAGGGUUUCUAUCCCCCACAGGUGGUCCUCCCUCCGCAGGGUUUCUAUCCCCCGCAGGUGGUCCUCCCUCCGCAGGGUUUCUAUCCCCCACAGGUGGUCCUCCCUCCGCAGGGUUUCUAUCCCCCGCAGGUGGUCCUCCCUCCGCAGGGUUUCUAUCCCCCACAGGUGGUCCUCCCUCCGCAGGGUUUCUAUCCCCCGCAGGUGGUCCUCCCUCCGCAGGGUUUCUAUCCCCCACAGGUGGACUACCUUCCGCAGGUGGACUACCGUCCGCAGGGUUUCCAUCCCCCGCAGGUGGACUACCGUCCGCAGGGUCUCCAUCCCCCGCAGGUGGACUACCGUCCGCAGGGUUUCUAUCCCCCACAGGGGGACUACCUUCCGCAGGUGGACUACCGUCCGCAGGGUUUCUAUCCCCCACAGGGGGACUACCUUCCGCAGGGGGACUACCGUCCGCAGGGUUUCCAUCCCCCACAGGUGGACUUCCUUCCGCAGGGGGACUACCGUCCGCAGGGUCUCUUUCCCCCGCAGGUGGACUACCCUCCUCAGGGCUUCAACCCCCCGCAGGUGGACGACCCUCAGCUGGUGGUUCUCCCUCCGCAGGCGGAUGUUGUGGAUCCUAAUGUUCAGCCUCCCUCUCCUCCUCUUUCUUCACCUCCUGAUUCUCCUUACUUUCUUUGUCCUUCCCCAGCACCUUCCUCUCCGGCUCCCACAUCUCCCUCUUCUUCCUGCUCUUCUGAUUUUUCCGCCUCAGAUUUCCAGAGCCCUGAGGAGUUCCUGAACGCUUUUGUCCAGACUCUGGAUUCAGCUCCUGCCUCCCCCACUACUUCUCCUCAUCAGGUUCCUGCUAGUCAUGGUGCAGCCGCCUCUUCCCCUCCUGUUUCUGCCCCUCCUUCUCCUUUUCUUUCCUCCCCAUCAGGUCCAGCCUCUCCCUCUUCUCCUUCUGCGCCUUCCUCAUCAUCUUUUUCUGCCUCUGAUUUCCAGAGCCUUGAGGAGUUCCUGGACUUUUUUGUGCAGACUUUAGAUCCAGCUCCUGCCUCCCCCAUGGUUUCUCCUCUUCAGGUUCCUCUCAUCCUUGGUGCAGCUGUCCACUCUCCUCCUGGCAGUGCUCCUCCUUCUCCCCUCCUUGCCUCCCCCUCACACUCUUCCUCCCCAGAUCCAGAGGAGUUGGUUUUAGGUCCAGACCUCCCUUCUCCCUCUGUGUCAGAUGUCCGUGACCCAGAUUGCCCUACAGUUCCUAACACUGCUUCUCCCACUCCCUCUUCUUCCCACAAACGUAGCAGGUCCGAGUGCUCUGCUGAGAACAGCUCCAAGAGGCGGCGCUGCUCGUCUCCUGCUCCGGCCUUCUCCCCCCUCUCCCCUGCUCCCUCUUCUUCCUCCCGCUCUCCUUCGUCCUAA